UCUUUUCGUUGUUGGUGUCACAAAGCUUUACGUAGUAAUAGUGACAUUUCAGUGACUGCAAGAUGCAAGUAUAGAGUUAAAAUUAUGUACGGAAUGCAUGAUUUUCGAGAGAUCAGAAAACAGAAAAAGCUGCAACCCAGUAAAAGGGAAAGAAAACAGUUUUCCCGGAUGCGCUGUUUGGUUUGUGUCACACUUGCUCAUUCAUUUGACAUUAACUUGUUAAGAUUAUAACGAAUAAAUGAUUGCGCCGCGCGUUACAUUUUCUGAAGUUUCUUUAAUUUUGGGCUACAUCACAUACUUGAUUUAUAACACGUCUGGUUACAGAUUAUUAGCAUCAAUUUUUGCAUUAGGAAUCCAUGGAAUAUUAAACAGAAAAAAGUUCUGAAACCUUGAAUCUGGACCCUCAGAGGAUUUAUAGGUAGCCUUUAAAAGAAAAAAAAAAAAAAGCAUAAAACAUACAAAAAAUGACAUCGGUGCAUUUUAACCCUGGGCUAGAUUCCAAGGAAGUUAAUGGGCAAGUGAAAAUAACAUUCAAUUAAAGUUACUAACACUUCACCGCAUCAUGACCUUUACUCCCCCAUCUUUAAAUGAGUGAUUCAGCAACACUCAGAAGCUGUGAUUAAGAAAUGACAUAAUGGAGUGAAAGAGGAAGCAGAGGUGCGGAUCGAUGAUGGAAAGGAACAGAGUGAGGAGCCAGACACCAUGUACCAUUUGUUUUGCAGUCGUAUCCGAAAGACAAUAGCUCCUUUUGUGAUGUCCUUUGGGUUUCGUGUUUUUGGUCUGGUACUAAUCAUCGUGGACAUUGUUCUGGUCAUUGUGGACUUGUCCUUAUCUAACAAGAGCCGUGAGGUUGGAAGUGCAUUGGAGGCCAUUUCCCUCGCCAUCUCCUUCUUUUUCCUCAUUGAUGUGCUGCUCCGUGUUUAUGUGGAAGGAUUCAAGGUGUAUUUCAGCCCAAACCUGAACAUUAUAGAUGCUGGUAUUGUGGCCAUUACGCUGGUGGUCACCAUGAUCUACACAUUCUCCGAUCUCUCAGGAGCCAAGCUGAUUCCCAGAGUGGUCACGUUCCUGAGAUCUCUGAGGAUCAUUAUUCUGGUACGCGUUUUCAGACUGGCCUCUCAGAAGAAAGAGCUCGAAAAGGUCACCAGGAGAAUGGUGUCCGAAAACAAAAGACGGUACCAAAAAGAUGGGUUUGAUUUGGACCUCACAUAUGUCACAGAAAGAGUCAUUGCCAUGUCAUUUCCAUCUUCUGGUAAGCAAGCGCUCUAUCGGAACCCCAUCAGAGAGGUUGCAAGAUUCCUGGACACCAAACAUCUGGGUCACUACAAGGUGUAUAAUCUCUGUAGUGAGAAGGGUUACGACCCAAAAUUCUUUCACUAUAGAGUGGACCAUUUUAUGAUAGAUGACCAUAAUGUUCCAUCGCUUGAGGACAUGCUGCGGUACACGGCCAGUGUUAGGGAGUGGAUGGCAUUGGAUUCAUGGAAUGUGAUCGCCAUUCAUUGCAAAGGAGGGAAAGGACGAACUGGGACUAUGGUGUGUACGUGGCUCAUUGACAGUGAUCAGUUUGAGAGUGCACAGGAGAGUUUGGACUACUUCGGGGAAAGGCGGACUGAUAAAAGUAUUAGUUCUAAGUUCCAGGGUGUUGAAACUCCCUCUCAGAGCAGGUAUGUUGGGUAUUAUGAGAUCAUGAAAAACCAAUACAACCGUCAGCUGCCACCUCAGAAGAGCCUGAAGAUAACAAGCUUUCAAAUUCACUCCAUCACAGGUGUAGGGAAGGGUAACGGCAGUGACCUGAAAGUGAGGAUCAUUGUGAAACGAGAACUGGUCUUCCAGUGUGUUUGUGCCAAACAGGAGAACUGUAUAAUGUUUUCUGACACUAGUAACAAUGCAGUGGUGAUCACUUUGCAGGAAGGGCCUGUUGUUACUGGAGAUGUGAAGGUCAUGUUUGAGUCCAGUGCUGGUCUGCCAAAGGUUUACAAGAACUGUCUGUUCUAUUUCUGGUUCAACACCUCUUUUGUAGAGAACAACAGGCUCCAUCUCUCAAGGGAAGAGCUGGACAAUCCACAUAAAACGAAGACCUGGGACAUCUAUAAGGAGGACUUUGGUGUGACAUUGUCCUUCACAGACCCUUGAUGAAAGAAUUUCCUGACAGUUCAUUGCUAUUCACUGGGCCAUUAAAUACGUGUAAUGAUGUGUUAUUGUUUACCAUUUUUGUAGGCUCUUACUUAAAAAGAGAAAAGGAAUAUAAAGGGGUUGUGCCUAUUUAUCCCUCUUUAUGUAUAGUACUGUGAAAAAGUAUUUUUCCUCAUUUCUUCUGUUUUUGUGUAUAUCUCAUACUAAAUUGUUUCAAAAAUUCAAACAAAAUCUAACAUAAAACAAAUGCAAUCUGAGUAAACACAAAAUACAGUUUUUAAAUUAUAAUGUUAUUUACUGAAGCAAAAAGUUAUCCAAUACCAACUGGGCCUGUGUGAAAAAGUAUUUGUCCCCUUAGUUCAAAAUCCCCAAAUCUAUGAAACUGCAUUCAUGAUGGGGUUCAUCUGGACUAGACACAUCAAGGCCUGAUUACUGCCAGCUCUGUUCAAUCAAAUCAACACCUAAAUGGAACUUUUUCAGCAGCAUGAAGUUCGCUAAAAGGUCUCACCCAGUAGCACACCCAGUAGCACACUAUGCCAAGGUCGAAAGAAAUUCCAGAAAUGAUGAGGAAAAAGGUGAUUGAAAUACAUCGGUCUGGGAAGGGUUACAAAGCUAUUUUAAAGGCUCUGGGACUCCAGAGAACCACAGUGAGAGCCAUUAUCUCCAAAUGGAGAAAACUUGGCACAGUAGUGAACCUUCCCAGAAGUGGCUGACCUUCCAAAAUUCCACCAAGAGCACAGUGACUACUCAUCCAGGAAUUCACAAAAAAGCCAUCCAUGGAAAACAUCCAAGGAACUGCAGGCCUCUUUCGCAUCAAUAAAGGUUACUUGUUCAUAACUCCACUAUCAGAAAGACACUGGCCAAAAAUGCCAUCCAUGGAAGAGUGGUGAGGCGAAAACCACUGCUAACCCAGAAGAACAUUAAGCCUUAUCUGAAUUUUGCCAAAACACACCUUGAUGAUCCUCAAACCUUUUGGGAGAAUGUUCUGUGGACGGAUGACUCGAAAGUGGAACUGUUUGGAAGACGGGUUCCAUUACAUCUGGUGUAAAUCAAACACAGAAUUCCACAAAAAGAACAUCAUACCAUAGCAUACCAUAGCAUGGUGGUGGAAGUGUGAUGGUGUGGGGAUGCUUUGCUGCUCAGGACCAGGGUGACUUGCAAUAAUUGAGGGAAACAUGAAUUCUGCUCUCUACUAGAAAAUCCUAAAUGAGAAUGUCCGGUCAUCUGUCAGUGAGUUGAAGCUCAAGCGCAACUGAAUUAUGCAGCAAGACCAGCAUAGGAGUAAGCCCAACUCUGAAUGGCUCAAAAGAAGCAAAAUUAGAGUUUUGGAGUGGCCUAGUCAAAGUCCUGACUUGAACGCGAUUGAGAUGCUGUGGAAGGACCUUAAACGGGCAGUUCAUGCUCGAAAACCCCAAUGUGGCUGAACUAAAGCAGUUCUGCAAAGAAGAGUGGGCCAAAAUUCCACCACAGCAUUGUGAAAGACUGAUCUCCAGUUAUCGGAAGCGUUUGGUUGCAGUUGUUGUUGCUAAAGGAGGCACAACCAGCUAUUCAUUUUAAGGGGGCAGUUAGUUUUUCAAAUGGGUGAUAUAAGUAUUGGAUAACUUUUUGCUUCAAUUAAACUGUAUUUUACCACCCCCGUUGAUAACCCUUGUGUUAGAAAGACUUUGGUGAAGGUCAUGCGCCAUGUUCGCGAGGUGCAUUGUGGGAUUGACAGCGGUGCAGAGAAAGCAUUGAGGGCGGUUGACAGCUUCAAAAAGUUGAGAUGUCUCUGCUUGAUUCAAAUGAAGAACUUAAAACGGCGGACGGCAGCCAUUCACUGUGAGCUGGAAGCAGUGAUAUCUGUCAUAAGCGCUUAAAAUAUACCUUUAAUACUGGGGUUUCUGCUAGAUUCAGUGCUAUAGUCACAUGAUCACCAUGUAUAUUUCUGACUUCAAAUGAUGAUUGCACAUCGUAUUCUGAAAACAAUGACAGACAAAAUGCACUGGCUUUGCAUAUUACAAACACACCCCAAAGCGGUAGCUGUCUAGCGUGUUGAGCAGGGUAAGCUGAUUUUUUCCGCGCCAGUGGAAAUGUAAACGCCUCUGAUUGGCUGUUGCAGUCACGCUCUCAACAGAUGUCUGUGAUUUUGAAAAAUAAACAUUGUUAUCUUGUUGUAUUAAUAACGCAUAUGAAACACAAUAUUUAAUAUAUUUAAUCAAGUUUAUUUACUUUUUUUUUUUUUUUUACACUUUUCUUUUAUUAAUUUUCUAUGGGAAAACCUGAAACGAAAAGGUGGUAAAGUUUGAUUGUUGACUUAUUUCUUGUUCAAUUAAGUAAAAUAAAUGAAAAGGUGUUAAAACAUAACUGUUGAAUAUUAUAAAUGAUUGCUGCAAUAAAUUCAGCAUCUUAGUUCAUUAAAAUUUACUGCCUAGUUCUUGGAUCGACAGGUCUUGGUCUGGAUCUAGGUCUUAGGGGGUCUAGUCUUGGUCUGGGCCUUGGAGUGUCUGAUCUUGAUUACACCUCUUGUAUUUUGUGUUUACUCAGGUUGCCUUUGUUUUAAGUCAUAUCGUAUUGGAAGAUCUAAAACAAUUUAGUAUGAAAAAUACACAAAAAUAGAAGAAUUCACAGCACUGUAUACUAAUGAUAAACUACAAACUAAAGCCAAUGUAAACACUCCAGAUAAACCUACAGAUAUAGGCAGGGUUGGGGAGUAACGGAAUACAUGUAACGGGAUUACGUAUUUAAAAUACAAAAUAUAAGUAACUGUAUUCCACUACAGUUACAUUCAAAAAGUAUUUUGAUUACUGAAGAGAUUACUUUGCAUUUUAUUGUCAUUUGUUUCAUUUAAUAUUUAGUCCUUUCAGAUGGAAAACAUUUAUACAUAUAAAUGAUGCGAUCCAAAGUGCAUUUGAACAGCGGUGAAACACUUUCUUAUGAUGUGUUACAUUCAUACGAGCAGACAGAGAAGAAGUUUGAAGUAAGUUUGGAGCAGAAGAAAUAGAAGUAAACCUUGUGUAAAUUGUCAGCUUUACGCUAAGUUAAAAUGCUAUUUUUAGCCAUUUUACAUGCACAUGUUACCAGACACGAUCAUAUUUUUUUAUCAAGAAAAUUCACGAUGGAUCAUAAUUUCUUUUUUUCUAGUAAGAUCUUUGAUAUUAGGGCAAAAAUCAUAUUCUUGAUAAUAAUUUUUUUUAUUGUUUUCCUGUAAAAAUAUCUAAAAAUCCUUAAAACAAGAUCAAUCAAGUUGAGAAAACAACUCUGCAUAAGAUAUUUCGGUUUUUCAGAGAAUGUAUUUUUAACAUGUGUAUUUUGUCUUGCUGUACUGGCAGAGUUUUUAUAGUCAAAACAAGUGAAAAACAGUGCUGAAGAAGUAAUCCAAAGUAUUUAGAAUACGUUACUGACCUUGAGUAAUCUAAUAGAAUAUGUUACAAAUUACAUUUUACAGCAUGUAUUCUGUAAUUUGUAGUGGAAUACAUUUCAAAAGUAACACUCCCAACCCUGGAUAUAUGACAGAGAUAUGAAUUUAUUUUUUUUUUGUGUAGGAAAUAUCUUUGUCAUCAUGUGUUUAUCUAGGAAGUAAAUAAUCAUACUUCCCCGGUUGUCCUUUUGUGCAAGAACAAAUGCACUCAAAUGAGGAAUUUUUUUUUUUUUUUUUAAUUUGUAUGUUGACAGACAGUUGAGAAAU